CGGUUUAGGCAAGAAGCAGUGGAAAUCUAAAACAGACAAAAACACAUUUUCCCUUCAAAGCAAAUCCACCUCUCUCUCUUUCUAUCUCUUCAUCAUCAUCGUCAUCUUCUCGUCUCACCGGAAAUUCUUGUUCUUCAGAUCGCGAUGUUAGAUCCUUCAUCGAAUUCCCACAAAACCCAAUUGUGUUUCCCCAAUACCUCAGACGACCACGAAGAUUCCGGCGUCUGUUCACCUCCGCUAUGGAGAACGAGCCCGUCGAUGAGCCCUCGUCACCGGAGCAGUUACCGGAGCCUGUCGCCGUCUUCGAAGGCUCAAGCCAUCGCUCGCGGACAGCGGGAGCUUAUGGAGAUGGUCAGUAAGAUGCCCGAGUCGUGUUACGAGCUUUCGUUGAAGGAUCUCGUGGAGGCGAACGCCAGCGAGUUAGAGGAGAGGAAGGUGUUCGAUGAAAUGCGGCAGAGAACGAGUAAGCCGAAUAGGGUUGUGAAGAAGAUGAACAGCGAUAAAUGGCCGGAGAAGAAUCGGGCCGAGAGCGUGAAGAAUCGUGGGUUGCUUCUGAAAAUGGCGUUUCCGGUUAAUUUGGGUUCGAAGAAAAGUUCGACAAAGAAGAAGAAGAAGAAGGAUGAUGAUUCAUCUGUGACAUGUAAAGGGUAUUGUGUCUCGUCAAGGCCUUCGGACACUGAUGGAUCUGCGAGAGUUUGGGACAAAGAUUGGUGGAAGAAGGAAUUAUCUGAAUCGCAAGGGAGCGAUAGUGGGAUCUCAAGUAUUAACAGUGGAAGCACGAAGAGCAGUGGUAGUAGCAGUAGCAGUAGCAGUAGCAGUAGCAGCAGCAGUAAUCGAAGAAGCAGAGGCAACAUCAUAAGGGAAAACAACUCAGGUUGUUUGUGUUUCCUCCAGAAUUUACAUAUAUGUGACUGAUGUUCAUGAACGAUUGGUGACACACACAUAUAUAUAUAUAUACAUAUAUAUGCAUAUAUGUGUCAUGUGUGUGUGUGUAUAAGCUUGAAACUUUUCUUGGAUAUAUGAACAAGUACAGAAGAAUAUGAAGACGGGGAAAGAGGAAAUGGCGAAUGUAAAAACGUCGAGUGUGCCACCAAAUAUUCUAAUUUUUCCUUGUAAAAUUUUCCCAUUUUUUUGGGGGAGUAAUAAGUCUAUGUGUUAAGUCUAUUGGAUUUACAACUUUUGGAUUGUUCUGUAUAUCUUUUUGUUCUGUCACUUUUGUUUCUAUGCAAUGGGGGUGGAGACUGCUCGACGGUUGAUUUCGGGAUGUCCGACCCUCGGGAUAGCCGGCCCUGAAUCUGUCUCUCGGGGUACCGAUCGAGUUUGAAAUCUUAUUGCCGUAUCUAUGUCAUUUGAACA